AUGCCAGUAUGUACGCAUUGUGCAUACCCUGCAGACUACGUAUACACUACCUAUAAGACGAAAUCGAAUAUCCGUCUAGGAGUCUGCCUACGAUGUGAUCAAUUCUUAGAUCCAUUGAUUGAACAUCCCGGUCUUGUCAUUUUACUGGAUUUGAUAUUGCUCAAACCACGAGUCUUCCUUCACUUGCUAUUCAACAUGGGAUCACCUCCAUUCGACGCCGAUAAGGGUAUUGCUAUCCCUGCACUUGAUCAACAGAGACGAAGAGAGUACCAAAUUCGCAAAGACAUGAUGAAACUGAUACUCAUAAGCGCAAUUGCCGAAACAGCUCUUCGAGUACUUCCUCAUAUGAUCUCAAGCUCAGGAGUAACACCAGCCCACAUAUGCGCAAUUGCCGGAACCGUAUUUCUCGAAGGAAUUGCGCAGCAUAUCGUCACCAUUACUCUGGCUUUACAAGCGCUGAAACAUAGGAGAUGGUAUCCCUGCGACCCCCCUGAAGCUGAAAAGGAUGAUGCAAAGAGCGACGGUCGCCAAAAACAUUUCUUACCGACACUGAUUCCUCUGACCAUACUGUAUACCUCGAUCAUACCGCUAUCUCUUCAGCUACUAUUGAUGAUAUGGGUUACGCCGUCACAAUCACAUCUCACAACGACAUCUCUCUUCUCUACUCUACCGUUCAUUGUGCCACAGCAAUUAUUGGAGUUGGAAAGAGCGCUGAUUGAAGCAUGGGCACACACAGAUAAAAUAUGGAUUGGCACCAGGUUGCUGGGAGGUAUGAGUGCUGGGUUCGGCCUUAGGGUAUUGUUACCCACCAAGCCAUGGGAGACGACCGUGAUCAUCUUGGCUGGAUGGAUGAGCGCUGCAUUCAUUGGACAGAUGGCGGAAAGAUUACUUGUCAAGUGA